AUGCGGGCGAGCGCCUCCAGCUCCGCACUGGCGCGGACCAGCAGCUUCCUGGGGCUCAGCGCGGUGCAGGAAGAAAGCGUCGAGGAUCUUCUGAAGCACAUCGAAGGAUCCAACGGGAACCUGGAGCAAGAGCUGCAGAGGCUGCGGUGGCAUGAGCUCGCCACUUUCUACUGCGGGCCCGGGCGCGGGGACGCGGACGACAUCAUGAGCUGGCUGCGGCGCGACAACGUGAAGGACUGGAUUGCGCACUACUGGUUCCGCGGUGCCACCCCGGAGGAGCUUUUGGAGGAUAGUCCUCAGCAGUAUCAGGAGCUUCGAAAGCUGGUGGACUUGGUGCUGCACACCGCGGGCUUGCAGAAGAUGGCGGAGGGCCGGAACCCAGCUGUGCGUGCCUUCCGCAUCUUCUCGGACCCCUUGCCGGUGGUGCACCGACCUCUGCUGGUCUACGCCGGCACGUCUUUGCUGUGCCCGUUGGUGUCGUACAAGGUGAUGCAGUGGCUGGGCUUCCACCGUGAGCGCGCCGGGGGGCUGUGCUACUGGAAGCGCCGCAAGCGCCAGGUGGACCCGGAAACGGACCUGGCAGCGCCCAGGCAAGUCCCGCUCGUCUUCGUCCAUGGCCUGGGAGUGGGCCUGGUGCCGUACUUCCAGUUCAUCUACCGGCUGGCCAGUAGACACAGUGGGGAGCUCUUUGUGCCGGAGUUCCCCUUCCUGGCGAUGGCGCCCUGGGAGAGCGUGCCCAGCGCCCGGGAGGUGGUGGCGCAACUGCAGGACAUGCUGGCGGCUCACGGACACACCGCUGCGCACUGGCAUGGCCACUCCUUUGGCUGCGUCGUCAUCGGUUGGGUCAUGAAGAUGUCGCCCAGCUCCCUCUUCUACGCCACGCUGAUGGAGCCCGCGCAGUUCCUGGUGAUCAAGGCCGAGGCCCUCACCAAGCCGCCCGCCCGGAGAGGACUAAAACCGCGGAGCGGAUGGGAGCGGAAGGCCACCCGGAAGGCCAGCGAAACUAGGAUCUUCCAGUGGCUGAGAUGA